ACCUCGUUUCCAAGUUAUUUGCCCUUAAAGUUUUCAGUGCAUUAUAGUGGCUUUACUGAUGUUAAUGUACUUUUCUUUGACGUCCAUAUUAUUUUAAUAUUAAAGUUUGGUAAAUUACAGAACAAAUUUAGAGGUGAUGUUUUAGAGAGUUUAUCGAAGAAAAUUGUGAAGAAUAUAAUCAACUUUCCAAAAGUCACACACAGACACACGGAAGAACGCCUUGCAUCGUGGAAUUGGUAUGCUAACGAAAAAUCGAAUGGUGAAUCUCACCCAUGCAUGACACCUGUCAAUGAAAUGGAUGACUUAAAAAAAUUAAUCAGAGAUGUGAAUGAAGUAUUAGACGGCUUGAAAUUAACACACGUGUUGAUUUAUGGAAGCCUCUGGGGAGCACUCCGCUACAACAAUCCGUUGCCGUGGGACAACGACUUAGAUAUGGCUCUAAUGUACGACGAAGUCAAAGGAAUCGAUGUGGCGGAUUUUGUAAGAGCCUUUCAUAAAAAGAAUAUAAAUAUAUAUUACAGAUUAUGGCACGGAACAUAUCGUGUUCAACGCAACACAGCACGUGGUGACUUGAUGGUGUUUCGAAAAACAAUUUUUGAUAACAUGUGUAGAACAGGAAUUGAGACGUGGUUAUUUUUUAUCAACCAUAAACACUUUCAUACCUUUCCUGCUUCUCUGAUGGAAAAACCGUUACCAGUGGCGCUCUUUGCAGGUGUCAAUAUUUCCAUACCUCGAAGCGGUAUAGAAAUACAGAAACACUUUUAUCCACAUGACUGGUGGAGAGAAAUGAAACCGGUUGGAUGUUAGAAAUAUGAAUUUAUAUAGAAACGAAAAAAAAAAUUACUGUUAGUUAGUUUUAAUAUGCAUCUGCACUUACAAGGUUUGACAAAGCAGAAAAAUAAUUGCUUUCAAGUCUUUCUUAUAUUUUAUAUUUUAAAUGCAUCAAUUUUUUAAGAAUGUUAGGGUUAUAAACUCUUAGUUUGCUUCGAUCUUUAUAGCGAAAAUUAUUUUUAUUUUAUUUGAGAAAAGUAUAGUAAAAGAAAUUUUUACAUAAAAUUAAAAAUAUUAAACGAACAUGAAUUUGGGUGCGAUUUCAUUUUGUUCAUGCAGAGAAAAUUCUUCGCCAAAGAAACCCUCUUUAAACUUCGUUUGAUACCAUGUGAUAAUUCAUACUCGUUAAAGUUUUUUUAAUACCUCGGGGCAACCUUUUUGUAUUUUUCUGUAUUAUUAUGUGACAUAGAGAAAUUUGUACAAUAUUCUAGGAAAAAAUUUUUGGGGGUAGUUAGGAUUUUUAAAUACACUUUGAAUUUCUUUCUGUUAUGCAUUGUAAGAAUAACAUAUUUGAAACAACAAACGAUAACUACGAAAGCAUUUAUCAGAAGAUUUUACACAUCUAAAUCGUUUGAAAGACUUUUUAUUAUUCCUAAGUUUACGUUUCAGUGUUUUAGCAAUUUUUUAACUUUAGAAAUGUAUGAUGACAUCACAUUGAACCGAAUCGCAUCAUUUAAUUCUUUUAUUUCCACUUUUUCUCCAAUUUCAACACUUUUGGAGGAAAUUGAGGAUAAGCUGCAGGUAAGAGUUCCCG